UGGUUUGUUGCUGUCAAAAGUCCAAAAGUGCCAAAUAUAAGUUGGGUUAUAAAUGUACUUAAUAGGAGAUUAAUAAAUUAAGUAUUAGUUAAUACGUUAUCUGUACAGAAAGUUACUUUAAGUACCAUAAACGGCAAUAGUUAUAUAAUUAUUUAAAACUGGUAUAUAAGUAACCAUGGGGGGCUGGAAGUUAGAAGUUGCUAAAAUGGCUUUGUAUGUAACUUUUCCUGUAGCAUUAUUUCAUUACUUUAAUCAACCUGAAUAUUUUGAGGAAUGGGUUGUAAAAACAAAAAGAGAAUUGUAUCCUCCGGAAAACAAAGCCCAGCGAGAACAUUUCCAGGCAGCAUUACAAAAAUUUAAGGAAAAACAGGAAAAGGCUCUAAUAGCAGCUUUAGAAGAAAAAAGCUCAUAGUGUACUUGAAUGUUAAGUUUAGUUACGUUAUAAAAAUGUGAUCACGACAUUUUUAAACCUUGUGUACCUAAAGGUAUAAGAACAGUAGUGAAGAAAAAAUGCCAUAUGAUGUAUGGAAUUUAUGUCUUGAUAUAAUUUAUUAAAAAAUUUAUUGUAUGAAA